AUGUCUACUCAAGUGAUCUCUUCCACAAUGAAUGGUGAUUCCAUUAAAUCAUCAAAACCAGUUAUUGAAAGUCAUCCUUUUGUUUUCCAAUUUAGUGAAGUGGAAAAAGCUAUAACUAAUUUUACAAAUCAUCAACCAUUUAAUCAUCAUUAUGCUCCAAAUGUUCAUCCUAAUAAAAACAAUCAUAAUCAUUAUAACAAUAGACACCAUAAUAACCAUAAUCAUAACAAUAACCAUGGUCAUAAUCACGGUCAUAAUCAUAACAAUUAUAAUAAUAAUCAUAAUUCACGUUCUUUCCAUCAACAAAUUCCAAUUAUUCAACAAUAUAAGAAUCAAGCUCAAGCUCAAGUUCAAUCUCAAGUUCAAUCACAACAAUUGUUACAACAACAAGCUCAACAACAACAACAAUUAUCAAAUGGUUCAUUAUCAAAUGGUCAUUUAAAUCAACAAUAUACUAAAAAUUUAGAUAAACAAUCAUUUCAAGCUGCUAAAGUAAUGGAACAACAAAUGUUACAACAAUUACAACAACAAUAUCAGCAAUCAGUUGUUCAAACUCAAUCUCAACCUCAACCUCAACAAUCCCAACCUCAACAACAAUAUCAACAACAACAAUUUCCAACUCAAUCAUCUCAAGGAUUUAAUGAUUUUAAAAAUUAUGAAUUUCAAUCAAAUCAAGAUUUAUCAUCACCAAAUUUCCCCUUGAGAUCAUUAAGUAGAAAUUCAAAUAUUUCAAAUUUAUCAAAUAAUUUACCAAUUUCUGCACCAACUACCAUUUCAGGAUCUUCAUUCCCUUCAGGAGUUUCAAGUAUCCAAGGACAACCUUUAUCACAACAACCAUUAACACAAUCAUUAACACAACCAAUAAUCCCAAUUACAAAUGGCAUCAAUCCUUCAUUAGAAAGUAUCAAGACUAAUAGUCCUUCAAAUUUAUCAACAAAUCAACAAACUGGAUUGAAUGGAUACGGUAUGAAUGGAUUAAAUUUUGGUAUUGGAUUUGAAGAUUCAAAUACUUAUUUAGGUGAUUUAUGGAAUGGUAACUCUCAAAAAAUUGGAAAUUCAAAUUCAAAUUCAACUUCUGUUUGGGCAUGA